AUGAAUAUACAAUAUUUUUUGUCUGUACAGCUUUCUUUUCUCGUGUUAUUAUUAUCAGUGAUAAAGGAAGGUACAUGUAAACGAGGUAGUAUAUUUACUGGUGGUCGUGGUAUAUCGGCUGGACGAUCCGGUGGUUUAUUUGGUGGUAUGCGUAAGAGUGGUGGUGGAUCGAGUGGCGGUUUCUUAGGAUCCCGAACUAGAGGAAGUAUUUUUGGUUCUGCGAAAUCUGGUUAUCCACGUGAUAGUAGGUGGGGGACAUUUGGAGGUGGCAAUGUUGGUAGAACAAGUGGUAGCCAUUGGGGUAGCAACUCGCGUAGAACUUCGUGGGGGCGACCACGUGGUGGCGGCUUGUUUACCAAAUCAAACAUUGGUUCUUUUAUCGGUGGUGCUGCAGCUGGUUAUCUCACUUAUCAGGCUGGCAGAGCAUUGAUACGAAGUGCUUAUUCACCAAUGAUGUGGAAUAAUCGCCCAUAUUAUUGGGGUUCAAACUACUAUCGUGGCGGCUACGGUACUCACAUGUGUCGUAUGCCUGUAAAAGCAGAUGAUCCACAGUUGGGUAAUGUAUACUUCGAGGAUGGCAGAAGACCGAAAGAACUUGUCUGGAGUUGCAAUUAUGAUGAAUAUUGCUGUGAUUAUGAUUGCUGUUGGCGCGGUGGUGGCACUUCACCUUAUUGGAGUCGCGGGUUCGGCGAUAUCUUUCUAGUUCCUCUCGCUAUCAUGCAUCUUGUUUAA